CAACUCCAUCCUAUUCGGCAAGCACAGGCAAUUCAUCAGAAUCCUUUUGCUGGCCACUUUCAGCCAUUCUUUGGAAUGCCUGGCUUUCCUAAUAUGAUGAUACCACCUCCACCUCCACCUCCUGGCAGACCAAUGUUUCCUCACAUGCAUCCUGUGAUGAACCAACGCCCUCAUUAUGAUCCACGGCCUAAUCGAACACAUCAAAGACCACAGAACCGCCGGGCCAGACAGAUGGAUCCUAUGCUAAAGGACAUGCAGGAAGUCGAGGCUGAAGAAUUGGCUGCAGAACUACUUCCGAUAGCUGGAGCCACUCCCGAGCCUUCUUCAUCCACAACUGCUGGUGUGUACACCCCAGCGGCUACCAUUUCGGCCGAGCCUCAGCUCAGAAAUCUCCAAAAGGAGCUACUUGGGUUUGUACCCGCUGCCUUGAGACGAAAACAGGCGGCAUCGAGAAAAACAGCGUCAUUGCCGAAAGGGGCAAGGCCAAACAUCAAUGCCGCACCGGAAGUUGAUGGAGAUGAUGGAGAUGAUGAAUAAUGAUAUUUGCUAUAAUUUUAUUUUUAUUUUUAUUUUAUUUUUUGCACACAUAAAGACAAAAUUGAUCACAUCACAUCACAUCACAUUACAUUACAUUACAUUACAUUAAAUUACAUUACAUUAAAUUAUUAUUUUUCUUACUUUCUUUAAUUAACCAUUACAAUUACAAUUAUCACUAUUACAUUCUUUUACUCAUUAUUACACACAGUUUAGUUCAAUUCGUUCAAUUUAGUUCAAAUUUUUGGUUCAAAUUUUUUGAUUCAAUGGCUAAAUAUAUACAUAGAUAGAUUAUAAACAAGCAUCAUUUGUUUCUUUCGAUGGUCAAAAUAAAGUGUUUCCGAAAUUGGCAUUCGUGGG